AUAAGGCAGCCGUCCUCUUAUCCGUUCGCUGCUCCAUCUUCUAUCUAAACCUGAAAAACAAACAGCCGACUGAGAGAUCUUCUUUCUUUCAUUCUACGAUUCAGCAGGGAGGGAAGGUAAGGUUCAAUCAGCCAGCAAGCAAGCAGGUUUCGCUAAUGGCUACUAUGGAUAGACAUUAAAGUAUUAAAUUCACUAAUUCAGAGAAUCACAGCGAAAGAUGGCAGCUUUAGUAGCAACGCGUUUUCUUUUUCUCGUUGGAGAUACACUCUCCAUAAAAAAACUCCCAAAGAUUUCAAAAGCCGCUUCAUUUCACAAAAGCGCUUACAUAUUGAACCGAUUCGGUACUACACACGGCCCAUUAACUCUAGAAAGCCUUGGUUUCAAGAAUCGGGAUGAGCCAACCGCAAAGCUCGAGACAAAUAAGGUUAGACCAACGGUUUCCACUCUUCAAGUCAUCCAAGGUCAAGUCGAAGAAGAAGUCAAAAUCAAGAGAGUCAAAGUCAAACCAAAAGCUGUUGCGGUUGAAAAUCCAAUCGAAAUUGAAUCAGCCCCGUUUUCUGCAAAAUCAUUUUCCGAACUCGGCCUUCCGCCGUUGUUGAUUGAGGCGCUAGAGAGAGAAGGUUUUAACGUUCCGACCGACGUCCAGUCAGCAGCCAUCCCGACAGUCCGUAACAAUCAUGAUGUCGUGAUUCAAUCAUACACGGGGUCCGGAAAAACAUUGGCGUAUGUUCUUCCGAUACUGUCAGAAGUAGGCCCACUCAAGGGUUCAGGUUCACCCGUUGACAACAAAGAAUCCGGAAAGAAAACCGAUAUAGAAGCGGUGAUUAUCGUACCUUCACGAGAGCUCGGUAUGCAGAUUGUGCGAGAGAUCGAGAAGUUACUAGGGCCCGAAAAUAAGAAAUUCGUUCAACAACUUGUCGGGGGUGCAAACAGGUCACGGCAAGAAGAAGCGCUAAGAAAAAAUAAGCCCGUUAUCGUUGUGGGAACACCCGGGAGAAUCGCGGAAAUUAGUGCUGCGGGGAAGCUUCACACGCACGGCUGUCGGCACCUCGUCUUGGAUGAAAUUGAUCAGCUUUUAUCGUUUAAUUUCCGAGAAGAUAUGCAUCGAAUAGUCGAACACGUGGGGAAGAAACCCAGUUCUGGCCUGGCCCAGAACUCGGAAACCGUAGUCAAGAAACGGGUCGAGAGACAAACGAUCAUGGUGUCUGCAACAGUUCCGUUUGCGGUAGUACGAGCAGCCAGGAGUUGGGGUUGUGAACCCAUGCUCGUGCAAGCCAAAAAGGUGAGCCCGCUUGAAUCGGUCUCUCGCCCACCUGGGCCCGUUAACUUGUCACCCGGGCCAAACCCGGGGUCCGAUUUGCAGCAGAGUGACGGGGUUUCCGAGAGUCUACCACCGUCGUUAAAACAUUACUAUUGUCUGUCAAGAAUGCAACAUAAAGUCGACACUGUGAGAAGAUGUGUGCAUGCUCUCAAUGCAAAAACAGUUAUUGUUUUCAUGAACCACACGCGGCAACUAAAAGAUGCGGUUUACAAGCUACAAGCUCGCGGGCUGGUUGCGGAAGAACUACACGGUGAUCUUGGCAAGCUUGCGAGAUCGACAAUCUUGAAGAAGUUCAAGAAAGGUGAAAUAAGGGUACUGGUGACAAACGAGUUAUCGGCUAGAGGUUUAGAUGUAUCCAACUGUGAUCUUGUGGUUAAUGUGGACUUGCCUACUGACUCGGUUCACUAUGCGCAUCGAGCUGGAAGAACGGGCCGGCUUGGCCGAAAGGGUUCGGUGGUUACCAUUUGUGAGGAGUCGGAAGUUUUCGUCGUUAAGAAGCUUCAAAGGCGACUUGGGGUUCAGUUUCAGUCUUGUGAGUUUGUGGAGGGUAAACUUGUUAUCCAGGAAGAAAAGUAGAGGUUCUUAUGUUUAAUAAUCAUAAUAUAGUUUUUGUUUAUCUAUUACAAAAUGUUGGUAAUAUAUUUGUCGGAAUUUUGUAGCAAAUUGUGCGUCAAAAUAUUUUUGUUGGCAUUUUGUAGCAAAGUUUGUCGUAUUUUUGUUGCUA